AUGCCGCCGCUUAAAAACUUCUCGAACAACCCUCUCCAGACGCGAGAUGACCUGAUCCUCGCCGCCUCGGCAGUCGUACAACCCCUCCACCGGCACUUCUCACCCCACAAAGCGUUUAUUCGCCUGCCCAGCUCAACAGGCGCCCAUUUCGACGAACGCGCCGCCCAAGUCGAAGGCUUCGCCCGCCCACUAUGGGUGGUCAGCGCACUUCUUCACUCCGCUCAAUCUGACACUGCCCACGCAGCCGCCACCCGCUCUCUAGCCCAACCCUGGAUUGACGGUAUCACGACAGGUACAGACCCAGCCCACAAGGAGUACUGGGGGACAAUCGCAAAUGGCGACCAACGCAUGGUCGAAGCCGAGGUCAUCGCGUGCGCGCUUCUCUUUGCUCCGGAUGACUUCUUCCAUUCCCAAGAUCCCCGCGUACAGGCAAACAUCGUCGCCUGGCUCCGCGGGAUGAACGGCAAGGACAUGCCCGUGAAUAACUGGCGCUGGUUCCGCGUCUUUACGAACCUGGCUCUGGUCCUCGUUGCGGGUAUCCCGUACGACGAAGUGAAGCCCGAAAUGGACGGUGACUUUGCUGUCCUCGAUUCAUUCUAUCUCGAGGCCGGGUGGUCGGGCGAUGGACUGUGGCUGACGCCAGAGGCCGAAGAAGAGGAGGAGCGCGAGUGUCUGCGGACGAGGCGAAGAGAUAGGAUUGGAUGCGGAAGACAAGUUGAUUACUACUCAGGGAGUUUUGCGAUCCAGUUUAGCCAGCUUCUGUAUGUGAAGUUUGCGGCGGGCCUGGAUCCGGAGCGGGCGGAGCGGUAUCGCGUGCAGGCGAGGGAAUUCGGGGACGCUUUUUGGAGGUAUUUUGAUAAAGAGGGUCGUGCAAUCCCCUUCGGCCGAUCCCUUACGUACCGUUUCGCGUGCGGUGCGUAUUUCGCUGCACUGGCCGUUGCUGGUGUUGAGGAUAUGCCGGGGCCACUGGCUUCAGUCGGGGCUAUCAAGGGUUUCCUUCUCCGACACCUUCGCUGGUGGAUGGCGAACUCAGACGACAUAUUCUAUCCAGAUGGCACAAUGAACAUAGGAUACGUCUACCCAAACAUGUACAUGGCCGAGGACUACAACUCGCCCCAGUCAGUCUACUGGAGCCUGAAAUCAAUGAUCGUCCUCAUGCUCGGCACCACCGAUCCCUUCUGGAUGUCAGAAGAAGCACCAUACCCAGAGUUUCAACCCUCUGUCGCGCUGAUCAAACCGCCCACGCAGAUCCUCUGCAACCAUCCAUCAGGAAACCACCAUUUCAUGCUUUCAGCCGGCCAGUUCGUCGCCUGGCCAAUGAAAGCAAAUCAGGCCAAGUACUCCAAAUUCGCAUACUCGUCUGCGUUUGGAUUUAGUGUCCCGACAGGUCCAUUGAUCCAGCAGAUCGCUCCGGAUAGCAUGCUCGCACUGAGUCGCGACGGCGCGGAAACAUGGGCUGUGAAGUGGAAGUGCUCCUCUGUACGAUACUUGACCGCGACCGUUCGCAGCGCAUCAUCGACGGGAGAGUCCGAGACUGUCCCCGUGGCAAGCGCCGAGUGGCGUCCCUGGGCUGACGGCCAGGUCGUAGUACAGACGACACUGAUCCCGCCUACGGAUCGAUGGCCGGACUGGCAUGUCCGAAUACACCGCAUCCGAUUGACUAAACCUGGGACUUUGCAAAGUCUGCAUCUCGUCGAGGGCGGCUUUGCUAUUUCACGAGUACCACAGAGAGACCAGCGACUCCUUCCGGUGCUCUCGGAUGUGAAGGAAGUGAGUGGCGAGCAGAUUGGUACAGCAGAGGGAGCCUACGCAGACAAUGCAAGCUCUCUCGUCCUUUCGCCUGCCGGUGCAAGUGGUGUAGUGGGAACUACCCGCGUAUCAACUGGUCAAAACGUCACCACGGAACACGAAGCGUUGAAGCCGGACUCUAAUACCAAUCUAAUCGCACAGCGAACGUUGAUUCCGGCUACCAAGCACGAGGUGUUUGAUCUUGAACAAGGAAGUGAAAUUGAGCUUGUGACGCGGGUGUUUGCUGUGUCGACGCCUCUGAGUAAGGAGAUUCGGGUUGAGAGGUGGCUCGAUGUGCCCAGUGUGGUUGUGCGCGGUCAGGAGUCGGCAGUGGGCGGCGGGGAUACUAUAAUCCUAGACGAGUAAAUGUAUCUAAUUACGGCCAUCUCGACUACUAGAAACAGUUUCAGGUCGCUGCGCAUU